AGAAUGGAACCAGUUGUAGGUAAAGCAACAAUUGUAAGACCAUCCUAUAUCGCUAGUGUUGAGCUGCCUCCAAGAAGUGGGCCAAUAAAUGUUGAGGACCUCAGAGCAGACCUCUCAGAUGAAUUUUCCCUGGUUUCUUCAUUCUUGGAUAUAAGCCAGAGGAACAGUUUGAAUUCCAAGGAACAUAUACAAGUUUGCCUUCGUAUUAAGCCUUUCACAGCAUCUGAAAAAGAAAAUGAAUCUCAGGACUGUGUUUCUAUUCAAGACUCAACUAGCAUUAUAUUGAAAGGCCCUAAGAAUUCCAUGAUCUGUCGGUUGAGUGAAAAAAAUGUAGGGCAGAUGGUGCAGAAAUUCACUUUUUCACGAGUAUUUGGACCUGAAACAACUCAGGAAGAGUUCUUUGACGGUACUGUGAAACAGCCAGUACAGGACUUCUUGGAGGGACAUAAUCGUCUUAUAUUCACUUAUGGUGUGACAAAUGCUGGAAAAACCUACACAUUUCAAGGGACAGAAGAUGAUGUUGGUAUUCUGCCAAGAACUAUGAAUAUGUUGUUUAAAAACAUUCAUGGCAAACUGUAUCCAGAAAUGGAUUUCAAACCCAUUCGAUGUAGAGAUUACAUACGGCUGACUAAAGAACAAGCGAGAGACGAAAUUGCUGUUAAAAAUUCAGUGCUUCGUCUAAUGAAAGAGGUAGACUCUCAAAACAGCAUUAAUAAUUACAGCAAAACUUCAGAAUCAUCUGAAGACUCAGAAGAACUGUUAAAAGAACCUGAACAAUCUAACAUGAGCAUGGCAAGCUAUAUAAAAUUUUCUGUUUGGAUUUCCUUUUGUGAGAUUUACAAUGAGUGCAUAUAUGACUUAUUGAUCCCAAUGUCAAAUGAUAAGAAAAGAAGAGCGCUGCGACUUGCUCAAGACAUCAAAGGCUGCUCUUACGUAAAAGAUCUGCAGUGGAUUCAGAUUUCUGAUUCAAAAGAAGCUUUUAAACUUCUGAAGCUUGGGUUGAAGCACCAGAGUAUUGCUUGCACAAAACUGAAUACUUACUCCAGUAGAAGUCACAGUAUAUUCACUGUUAAAAUUUUAAAGAUUGAAGAUUCUGAAACUCCUCAUGUAAUACGAGUCAAUGAAUUGGCACUUUGUGAUCUUGCAGGUUCAGAAAGAUAUACCAAGACACACAACGAAGGUGAUAGAUUGAAAGAGAGUGGAAAUAUUAACACUUCUCUACUGAUUCUAGGCAAAUGCAUCAAUGCACUCAAGAACAGCCAACAGUCAAAGUUGCAGCUGCACAUACCAUUUCGGGAAAGCAAACUAACUCACUUCCUUCAAGGUUUUUUCAGUGGAAAAGGAAAGGUACAUAUGAUAGUAAACAUUAGCCAGUGUGCUGCUGCAUAUGAUGAAACGCUCAAUGUGCUAAAGUUCUCCUCAAUUGCUCAAAAAGUUUGUGUUCUAGACACUUCUAAUCCUUCUCAAGAGCAUAAGUCUGCAAGAGAAAUGUCUCUUAUAAGUAAUCCUGACACUAAAAUGCAGGUAGCAAGAAAAAGAGCCACUAUACUUUGGGACAGGAGCCUGGAAGAUGUGAUAGAAGAUAAUGAUGGUGAUUUAACUGUGGAUAACAAGGACAUAAGUGAAGAGCAUGAUAUUGCAAAAGAGAUGCCAAAUGAGGAGGAAGAGCACGAUACAGCAAAAGAGAUGCCGUAUGAGGAGGAGGAAAAUAAAGUAAUUAUUGGAAAAGAAGAAUAUCUGAGAUUACUAAAUAUAAUAGAAGAUUUGAAAAGCAAGCUGAUCAAUGAGAGAAAAGAUAAGUUACUUUUGGAAUUAAAAAUUCGUGAAGAAGUCACACAAGAAUUUACUCAGUAUUUUGCUCAACGGGAAACAGAUUUCAGGCAACACCUUUCUCAUGAACGAGAGUUGCUGGCAGAAAAUUCUGAACGACGCUUGCAAAUCUACAAGGAGUUAGUAAAUGAAUGUGCCAAAAACCGGGAUGAACAGGACACAAAGGAUUCCCAUUGUAAUGAAAGAGCUGGAAUGCUGGAAGGAGGAAAUAAUGUAGCUCCUGAAAGCAGUGUUGAUUUUGAGGGCAUUAUUACAUCUCUGCAAGAUGAUGUCACUGAUAUUAAGAAGCAGGUAGAAGAAACUCACAGGUAUAUUGUAUCUUUAGAAGACCCACAAGAAGCUCUUGCUUGGCUUGAACAAAAUCUGGGAAAAGCUACUGUUGAGCUAACUAAAACUAAAGAAGAGUUAACACAGAGAACUAAAGAGUUUGAAAUGCAAGUGAUUAAAUUACAAGAAUCUGCUCAACAACUUGAAGAAGCUACUGAGAAAAUGACGAUACAGAAUAAACGAAUUGAAGAGCUCAUGUGCAUUGUGGAGCAAAAAGAUGAUGCUAUAAGUAGACUAAAAGUUUUAAUAUGCCAUUUAGAAACUACAGUAAAAGACUAUGACAACACCUUGACUACUAUUAGAAGACAAAUGGCAAAGGAGAACAGCAAUGGGACUAUAGAAAGCACUCAGUCUAGUGAUAGUGUAAAGAGUAUGUUGGACAUUGGAAGAAAACGCUGUUUUGAAAGUAAGCCUACCCAAGAGGAAGAGCCACCAACUAAGAAAGGGUCCAUUAGAAAUGGGUGUAAAGGUGAUGCAAUAGACCAAAAGAAAAUUGAAGACAUGCAGCAAAACACACUAGAAAAAGAGACAGAAAUAUUAGAUUUACAAGAAAGAAGUGAAUCCCUAGACAGUCAAUUAGCUAUAGUUAAAGCAGAAUUUGAAAAAGAAAAAAGGGAAAAAGAAGGGUUCAGUAAACAGGUAGCAAACUUGUACCUGGAGCUUUCUUCAUCUGAAGAAAGGGCUUCUGGUUUGAGUGAGGAACUCCAGCAGUGUCAGGUUAGUUAUGAAAAAAUAGUUUCUGAAUUAGAUACACAGAAAGCCAUAAAUAAAGAGCAAGAGGAGAAAAUUAAACAGCUGACUAAAGAGGUAGAAGCCUCUAGUCAAAACAUCCUAGUCAAAGUGUCACAAAUAAAAGCAGUGCAGACAAAAAUAGAUGAGUUGCAUAAACUUGAUUUAGAAUCUUGUACUGCAGAUAUUGAGCUAAAGGAUUUUUUGGGAGAAUCUCAAAAAGAUAAACCUUGGCAAAUUCAGCUGAAUUCCUUAAAUACACAAUGCCAAGAAUCUGAUAUUGCAGAUGUCAGACGAGAGAGCUCUUUCCAUGGCACUAUUGAAGGUAUUUGGAAAGAAUGCAAGCAAAUUAUUAAGGCCUCUUCCCAAAAAAGUAAUCAGAUCCAAAAUCUCCUUCAACAAGUUGAAAAUUUACAAAAGACCAUCCAGGAGGCUGAGAACGAGAACAGUCAACUAAAGCUACAAUUGGAUGACAUUACAAAUCAGGGUAAUUUGUCCAUAAAAGAAAGGGAAAACCUUGUUAAGCAGUUACAAGAACAAUUACAGGAAAAAAACUGUGAUUCUGAAAAACGUGUAGCUGAAGAUAAGAGAGUAAUAUCUCAGUUUGAGAAACAAAGUGCCAGCCACCAAAAGAAAAUAAAAGCGCUUGAAUGCCUCUUGGAAGCUAAUAGGGCAAAAGAUGACAAUGCAACCAGGUUAGAACAAAUAAUUGAGGAAAAAGAAUCUAUAAUUUUAAAUAUGCAAAGAGAUGUAAAAGACCUGGAAAAAAAAUGUAUGAAUUCAGAAAUAAAAAUCCAAGAAUUAAAUGAUCAGGAAACAAAAUUGAAGGAGGAAAUCAUACAGUUGAAGAAUAAUUUGAAAACUAUUGAACAUUCACUCCAGGAAAAGGGGAGAGAAGAAGAAGAAUCAAAAAACAUUACAGAACAGGUAAAGAAAGAACUCUCUGAGAGGUCUGCCUUCAUACGUUGUCUAGAAAUGGAUCUUCAGAGGAAAGACGAGGCGUAUGCAGAUCUGAAAGAAAAGCUAGCUGAUGCCAAGAAACAAAUUCAGCAAGUACAGAAAGAGGUGUGCACAAUGCGUUCAGAGGAAAAAUUAUUGAGGAGCAAAGUUAAUGAACAUGACAAAACUAAAAACCAGUUCACUGAGGAACUAGAUAUGAAACAUCGGACGAUCCAGCAACUUAAAAAGGAACUAUUGGGUAAUGAGAAGAUAGAAGAAAUCUCAAAACAAUACCAGAAUGCAUGUAAAGAUCUGCAUGCAAAAGAAAAAAUAAUUGAAGACAUGCGACUGACGUUAGAGGAACAGGAACAGACCCAACUGGAACAAGAUCAAGUGCUAGAGGCCAAAUUAGAAGAGACUGAGAGAUUAAUUUCUGAAUUAGAAAAAUGGAAGCAGAAAUAUAUAGAGCUGGAGAAGAGUAAUAGUGAGUUGCUACAAAAAAUAAACAAACAUGAAGACAAAGACCUAGAUGCAGUCAAUGGAGAACUAAUAAGUCUGCAAGAAAGACUUAAGGAAAUGGAAGAAAAGUGUAAAACAGAUAGAAAGAAAUGGUUGGAAGAAAAAAUGGGGCUCAUAGCUCAAAUAAAAGAAGCCGAGAAUCACCGAAACAAAGAGAUGAGAAAAUUUGCCGAAGAUAGAGGACGUCACAUAAAGCAACAAAUAGAAGUGGAGACGCUUACUGCACAACUAGCAGUAAAGGAUCAAGACCUGCAAAAGUGGCGAGAAGAAAGAGAUCAGCUAGUAGCAGCUUUGGAAGUGCAGCUCAGUACUCUGGUUUCUAGCAACAUGCAAAAAGAUAAAAAAAUAGAGGAACUAAAACGUAGCACAUUAGCGGGUUCAGGAAAGGGUUAUGGAACUGCAAUAGAAGAACUAAGGAGACAGUUGGCUGAAAAAGAUGACACUAUAAAGAAACUGAAACAAUUUACUUGUCACACAAAUUCUAAAACUUUAAGGGUAACUUCAUUAGCUGAAGAAGGACAAAAUCAAGUGAAUGAAUGCAUCCAUAAUAAACAGGAAGAACAAAGAAAAAACAAUUCUGUAGCUGGACAAAGUAUCCCAGUAAGCUUCAGUGAAGUUAAAGACAAUCCAUUAUCACGAUGUCCAAGCAAUGUGUCUUCACUGGAUGAAACUGAGGACCAUUCAGACACUGCUCUGGACUCUUCUGAGGUGUCUACAGAAAAUGGAAAAGGUAGCAGGUUUCCUAAACCUGAGAUGGAGAUUCAGUUCACACCUCUGCAUCCUAAUAAGAUGGAAGUGAAACAUCAGGGCAAUGCCUUACCAGUGACUGUUAAAAUGCCCAAGACAAGAAAGAAAAGGAAGAGUAAUGAACUAGAUGAAGACUAUGUGAAGAAUGAAAACAAGAAAAAUGCCACACCUACAACAGAUACUGCUUUAUCGACAACAUCCAGAUCUGAUAAAAACAAGAAGAAAACGAUGGCCACUACGCAAUCAUUUAGAAAGGAAUAUCUGUUAAGAAAACAAGUAUUGACUUCAAGUACAAAAUCAAUGCAGAAAAAAGAUGGAACCCUACAAAAGCUUGGAGAUUUCUUUCAAAGUUCUCCUACAAUUAUUCACUCCAAAGCAAAGAAGCUGAUUGAAACAAUAAGCUCCCCUAAAUCUACAGAAGUGGACACUCGGAAAGCAAAUGAGCUCAAGCCAAAAAGAGCCAAAAGAAAGCUGUAUUCAACAGACAUUUCCUCUCCUUUAGACAUUCCUGGUGACAUGAUUGUUAUGGAUCAAAAGGAAAAGGAAAGUGAUCACCUAAUCAUCAAGCGACGACUGCGGACAAAAACGGCAAAAUAGAAUGGUUAUGUAGAAGCAUGUUUACAUAAGUUUAAAUCAAGGUAUAUUUCUAUUGUAUUAUUUUCAACUGAUUGUAUAUAGUGAAGUGCAGCACCUUUAUUAUACUCCCAUUGCCUCUGUAUAGUUCUGUCUUGUUUAAAAUCUUAAGUAUUGUAUGAAAUCUUGACUCCAUUAAACCUGAAAUAUUGUU